AACUUCGAUGGUUUAAUGUACGCCGCGUACACACCCGUACACACGUGUGUGCAUGCGCGCGCUUGCGUAAUAGGUGCGAAAUAGUUUUUUAUUCGGUGUGUUUUUUUUUCAGUUCCCGAGACGGUAGACGGACCAGCAUGUUGUUUAACGACCGACGGCUGAACGAAAAAUGUUAACCGAACGGCGUUUUUUCGUGCUACGUGAACAGUCUAAGUAUUUCAAAUGAACUUUUUGGUAUAUUUUGAUUUUUUCAUCGGCGUGCUGUUACAGUUGUUCAAUCCUCAAGCAGACCAAAUUAAAAUGAUGACGGCCACAUGGGAUCACGCAGUUAAUUCCAAGGAAAAACUACAGAACGCAUUAACAAGUGAAUCGAAAAUGAUAGAAGCCGAUGUAAUCACCGGUCAUUUGGUCGACGAAUCCGCAUCGGGAGAAGAGAAAACCGACCGAAUACCGAUAAUGGGUCAUCCUCCCGCAAUAACUUCAGACUUGAGUCUCAAAGAAUUCUUAGAUGCAUGGAACCAAACGACAAAAAUAUUAAAACUUGAUUUCAAGUCAACUGAAGCAUUUGUAUUGGCCAUACCAAUCAUGGAAAACGCGUUUAAAGGAUUGCCACCGAGUCGUCUGCCUUGGUUGAACGCAGACAUCUUGCCAGGUCCGGGCCCGGGAGGCAGUCCUGGAGUAGACGCGGAUACUUUCCUCGGGUUGUCGUCCAAAAACUUCCCGGAUUCAAUAUUGUCGUUGGGCUGGACCACCCAAUACAACGAUUACGACGUGUACUCGGAGAACUAUAUAAACGACAUGGCCGACUUGCUGUUCAAAAGCAAGUACCUGAAGCCCGUGACGUACGCGGUGCGCGCGUCGUUCGCGGUGAACUCGAUACCCGAGCUCCAAUACCUGUUGGAGACAUCGCCGGCCGGGUCCACGUUGACCGCGUGGUGCAGCGACCCGAGGGACGUGAUCGACGACGCGAAACUGGUCGGACUGGUGAGAACCGUGGGCGCGGACCGGGUGUACUUGGACUUGCCGGGCGGCGUGACCAAAACGUUUCUCGAGGCGUACACCACCAGCGGCGCCGGUUCCGCGACGGCCGCGUUGCUCACUUCCAUGGUGGCCGCGGGAAAUGUGUUCCGCUGAACGACUCGCCGUCGCGGACGCCCUGCGCGCACGAUCGACGGGACGAACAAACACUGCGGUCAACGUGCGAUCAAAUCGCGAAUCGCAGCGCGCACAGUAUGCAACACAAUUGUCCGAAACGAAUUAACCGUAUUGUACGAUACUGUAUCGAUGUAAUAACUAUUGACGUUCAAUAAUUAUUACCGUUUUCGUAUGCUGUGUUUCGCGAUAAAUUAUAAUGUCGUACCGCAAUAAACAUACCUAGCCCAAGUUGA